GGCCGCCGGCUCCUGCGGGACCCGGCGGCGGGCGCUGCGGGGGAGUCCCGGGCUCGGCCGCCAGGCUCCGCCCCGCGGGGCUUCCCGGGCGCGCGCCGCCCCGCCGUGUCCGCGCGCCACGCCCCCCUGCUCGCGGGCCGCGUGCGGAGCCGCGCGCCCCGGAGGCUCCGGGACCGUGGCGGGCGGCGGCGGCGGCGGCGGCGGCGGCGGGCGGAGCAGCAGCCCUCGCGGGCCAUGUCUUCUCCGGCCGUGGCGAGGAACUCCUCGGGAGGGAGCCGAGCGACGGGCCCCCGGCCGCGGGGCCGGAGCCGCUUUUGGGAAGUGGGCGGCGGCGGCGGCCGCGGCGAGCGGCUGGAGCGCGCGGCCGCCGAGUCGGAGCGUUGGGAGCUGCUGCUCCGCCGGGGCGAACUGCUGGCGCUGGGCGGCCACCUGAAGGCAGCGCUGGAGGCGUACGCGGCGGCGCUGCGCCGCGGGGCCCCGGUCAGGCCCGAGUGCCUGGGCACCCUGGUGGACUGCCUGGUGUUCAAUUACCGGCUCCGCCACGGGCUGGGCUGGAGCGCGCCGGCGGCCGCGGCGGAGCCGGGCGCGGGCGGGCUGCUCAGCUGCUCGGGCUGCCGGGGCUUCCUGAGCGAGCCGGUGACCGUGCCCUGUGGCCACAGCUACUGCCGCCGCUGCCUGCGCAGGGAGCUGCGCGCCCGCUGCCGCCUGUGCCGGGACCGGCUGCCGCCCGCCGCCGCCGAGGCGAGCGCCCCGCGGCCGCCGCCUCUGGCCGCCGCCAUCGCCGCGUCGAGCUUCCGCACCAGCGUCGUGCUCAACCACCUGGCCGAGAAGUGGUUCCCGGGCCAGCGCGAGCGAGCCCGGGCCGCCGGCCGGCUCGGGGAGCUGCUGCACCAGGGCCGCUACCGGGAGGCCCUGGCCGCCGCCUGCGAGGCGCUGCGAGCAGAGCCCAGCGACCUGACUCUGAAAAUUUACAGAGCGGAAUCAUAUGCUGGUCUUCAAGAGUUUAAAGCAGCUGUAGAGGAUUUGAAUGCAGUUCUCUUUCAGCUGCCAAAUUGGCCUGAGGUCUACUUCAGGAAAGGAAAAGUACUCCAUGAGGCUGGCUUCUUAGGUGAUGCCUUACAACUCUUUCUUCAGUGCUUAGCCCUUGAUGAAGAUUUUGCACCUGCAAAGCUAGAGGUAGAAAAGAUUUUAUGUGAUUUAUUAUCACCUGAAAACGUCAACGAAGGCCUGAAGGACUCUUCCUGGAGUUCAUUAUCGUGUAUUAAAAACAAGCCUUGUGACUUUCCUUCAGAAAUGGAAGAGUCUAACUCUCCGAGUGAACUUAACCCAGAGCAGAAUGAAGAAAUACUAGAGAUCACGUCAGAGCCUGUCAAGGGAAGCUUGAACCGUGCUCUGUCAGCACAGGCUAUAAAUUCGACAGAAAUGCCUGCCAAAGAGGAUUGUCUGAAAAGAGUGUCCUCCGAACCUUUGCUCUCUGUUCAAGAAAAAGGUGUCCUGCUGAAAAGAAAGCUGUCUCUUGUUGAACAGGAUAUGAUUGUGAAUGAAGAUGGAAGAAAUAAGCUUAAAAAGCAAGCAGAAACUCCCAAGGAAGCCUGUACAUUUUCACUAUCUGAUGGUGAUAUUCCCGAAGAAUUAAUAGAUGUCUCAGAUUUUGAGUGUUCUCUCUGCAUGAGGUUGUUUUUUGAGCCAGUAACAACCCCUUGUGGACAUUCAUUCUGUAAGAACUGUCUUGAACGUUGCUUAGACCAUACACCAUAUUGUCCCCUCUGCAAAGAAAGCCUGAAAGAGUAUCUAGCAGAUAGGAGGUACUGUGUCACACAGCUGUUGGAAGAAUUAAUAGUGAAGUAUCUGCCUGAUGAGCUGUCUGAGAGAAAAAAAAUAUAUGAUGAAGAAACUGCUGAACUCUCACACUUGACCAAGAAUGUUCCAAUAUUUGUUUGCACUAUGGCCUACCCCACUGUGCCUUGUCCUCUUCAUGUAUUUGAGCCAAGAUACAGACUGAUGAUUCGAAGAAGUAUACAGACUGGAACUAAGCAAUUCGGGAUGUGUGUCAGUGAUACACAAAAUAGUUUUGCAGAUUAUGGUUGUAUGUUACAAAUUAGAAAUGUACAUUUCUUACCUGAUGGGAGGUCUGUGGUUGACACAGUUGGAGGAAAGCGAUUUCGGGUUUUACGAAGAGGAAUGAAAGAUGGAUAUUGCACUGCGGACAUUGAAUAUCUGGAAGAUGUUAAGGUUGAGAAUGAAGAUGAAGUAAAGAACCUCAGAGAGCUUCAUGAUAUGGUAUACUCUCAAGCCUGCAGCUGGUUUCAGAAUUUACGGGACAGAUUUCGAAGCCAAAUUCUUCAGCAUUUUGGAUCAAUGCCUGGGAGGGAAGAAAAUCUCCAGGCAACCCCUAAUGGACCUGCGUGGUGUUGGUGGCUCCUGGCAGUUCUUCCUGUAGAUCCCCGGUAUCAGCUGUCAGUUUUGUCAAUGAAGUCUUUGAAAGAACGGUUGACAAAGAUACAGCAUAUACUGACCUAUUUUUCUAGAGACCAAUCUAAGUAACCAACAGCUUGGAUCAUCCUCUAAAGUUUUCCUAAUCUGGCUUGUUGAUGGCCAGAUUGUCAGCUGCCUUUGCACAUCCAGUGCUGGUUUGAGAAAUGUAACAGAACUGGUUUUUUUUUUUUCUUCCUUCAACCUCCUGAAUCAUGUGGUUCUGCAAAUGAAUACCUUCAACUAGGAUUUAGACCACUAAGAACUUGCACAGAAAAACACGCACUGAAUGUGUGUUAAACCUCUACAUUGUGAUGAAGUUGCACUAUGUACCAUAUUCUAAAAUGAAAUGACAACUCUGUAUGUAUGGAGUAUGUCUGAAUGUGUGUUAUGUGUGUGCGUGUGUGUGUGCGUGUGUGUGUGUGUGUGUGAGAGAGAGAGAGAGAGAGAAAGAGAGAGAGAGAGAGAGAGAGAGAGAGAGAGAGAGAGAGAGAGAGAGAGAAAGUAGAAUGUGUGCAUUUUCUCUGGCUUUAACAUUUUAAAAGAAAAAAAAAUAGCCAUAGAGAGCAGAACUUGCCCGAGGGUUAUUUAUUGCCCAAGUUUACAACGAUAGUGUUCAAGUUUUUGCAAAUUCAAUUUGCCUCAGAUUUAUCUAUCCUAAGCUUAUAUUUGCACAAGUAUGUAAACUAUGGUAUUGAGUAUCACUCUUCGUUGGGAAUACUGCUCUUGCUGAACUGUCUUGACCAUUGACUAUGACACAGUUUCUUAUUUAUGUAAAUACUUGCAUCCCAGUGGCCAGCAGGCAUUGGAUGCAGAACCUAGAGCCAGUUUUCAGGAACAAUUGCAAACCUGACAUGGUACUGUGCAUCUAUUCAUAAAACACUUAAAACUGUGAAAAUAUGGUUUACAUUCAAUUGUACAUAAAGGUAAAUGGAAAACUCAAUUCAGUACCAGUUAGUUUGUACAUUUAAGGGGGCUUUUCACAUUAACUGCCCAUCUCUAAUGUAUAGUUAACAUGAUGUAUUGUUUAAAACAAUUACAUAGUAUAAGCCCAUUAAGGAUCGGGGGAAGAGAAGAAGCUUAAUAUAGAACGAAGCUUUUAAAGUAUGUUUUAUUUUUAAAUUCUGGUCUUGGUGCAAAUGUUAGUUAUGCCUUAUUCAUAUCACAAUUAGAUCACCAUGCUGUGACAUGGUUUAUAUUCAUGCUGCCCUAGAUACUUUUGUAAUUAUUUGUUGCAAACUUGUGAUUGUCCUUAUUAACUUUCUUUUAUGUAAGUAAUUUGUAAAAGUUUCUUAAAAUUUUUGCUUUUGCUUAUUUAAUUUUGAAUAAAAGCUAAAUUCAUAAUAAUCUUUUUCUUGAGUUUCA